AUGGCAGUGCGCAACACCACACAGCCGUCCUUCAACUUCCUCACUGGCGAGGAAGAGGAGCCAACGCCUGCGCCUGCCACCGCCAAACGAGAACCUCUCCGCGAAACGUUCCGAACCACAUUGCGAGCCUCGCAGAAUGCGCCGCACACGGUUGUGCCCUCGGACCCCAUCAAUGAGGAUCUCCGCGCCCAGCUCAAUACCCUGCGAUAUGAGCUUGAAACGGCGAAACAGGAGAAGGAGAUGAUGAAGUUGGAACAUGCGCAAGAACUCCGCGAUGCCCAAAACCGUGCCGAUGCCGACUUUCGUAAAGCGCAGCAAGUCGAGGCAUCCAACACCCUUACCGCGAAGAAACACGAUGCGCUGACCAAGGAAAUGGCCGAGGUACAAACACGGGCUGCCAACGAGCGACAGGCGCUGGAGAGGCGAUUGCGCGAGUGUCAAGAAAGAGCGCAAUCGCUACAAGAAGAAUAUGAUGAGGUUAAGGAGGAGUUGUCGACAUCGCAGCGGCAGAAUGAGCACCAAUAUAACACACUACAAACCGAACACAAGGCGCUCAAGGAGAGUGUCGAGGAGGUGCAGGCAGAUCUACAAGCCAAGGUCAACGCUUUGCAGAUGACACAGAAGAAGCUCGCGCAAAAGGAGGAGGAAGUCGAUCAGAUGGAGGCCGAGGUGUUGCGCCUCAAGGCAAUUACAGGAGACGCCGAGACACUGGCAGUCAUCAAGAGGGAGCUUUCUGACCAGGUCGCACACAUCAAGAAGCUCGAGACCCUGACGAGGGAGCAGAAUACCGAGCUUAAGCAGUAUCGGAAACAACACAAGGCGAUUGAGGUAGUCGAGGAGGAGAAGAGGUCACUACAGGCGAAGCUGCGCACGAUGGAUGACUUGGAACGGCAACUGGGAGAGGCCGAGCUGAGAAAGCAGGUUCUAGAAGAAGAGCGCCAUUCGUGGACGUCGUACCUCGAGGCAGAAGCAGAAAUACACGGCGAAGUGCUCUUUGAAACACCUCAAGACCUCGCACGAGCUUUCAUCCAAGAGCGCAUAGAAAGGACCGAUCUCAUCAACAAACUGGGCGAGAUCAAGCCUGAGCUCAUUGUCAAAGAGGCCAACAUACAAGCACUCGAAGAGGAGAAGGCCAAAUUACAGGCCGAGAUUCAGCAACUCAAGGCAGCUGGAAACACUGCCGCAGGGAAUGGUGCCGACGCAAAGGUACGGGCCAGGCUUGAACGACAGAAAGCGUUAGCAACUAAAGAAGUCGACUUCUUACGUGCCCAAGUCAAGGCUUUCGACGAUGAAGAACGCGAGAUGCAGCCUGACACAUUCGACGCUGCAAAGUCUGAACGGAUAAAGGAGCUCGAGGAUCUCGUCGACCAAUAUCGCAAAGAGGUUGAUACAUUACAAAAAGAGUUCAACAGUUUAGAGAAGCCUGUUGCUGCCAUAACAGGCCAAAAGCGCGCUCUUGAUACGGAUGAGAACGAGGAACGCGUAGGCGAGCUGCGCCGAAAGAACCGCCAAUUACAAGAUGACCUCAGCGCCCUGCAGAAGAAGAUGAAGCUUGUCGAGGCUGAAUACAAAGCUCAGCACUCACAGCUUAAGAAGCUAAAGGAGUCUUCUCGAACACGAGUCCUAGAACUAAAAUCCAACCCUACCGCCGACGCGGAAGCUCUCAAACUAAGCACCGUACGCAACCUCCGCGAGGCCAACGCUCAGCUCCUUGACCAGCUCGAGAACCAAAAGACACCACCAUCCACGGUCCCUCUAGCCACACUCGAUGCGGCUAGGGACGAGCUCGAAGAACUGAAAGCCCAACUUGCUUCUUCGUCUAAGAAGAUUGUACGUCUAAAACAAAUUUGGACAGCGAAAUCCCUCGAGUUCAGGGAAGCUGUUGCAUCCAUUCUGGGCUGGAAGCUGGACUUUAUGCCUAACGGACGGGUCAAGGUCACCAGUAUGUUCAAGCCUGCCGAUGAGGAAGGGGAGAACAGCAUAGUGUUUGAUGGUGAGAAUGGGACGAUGAAGGUCUCUGGUGGAGAGCAAAGUGAGUUUGCAGGCGAGAUACGCGAUCAGAUUGUGUAUUGGGUCGAGGGGAGGAAGGAGAUACCAUGUUUCCUUAGCGCGCUGACAUUGGAGUUUUGGGAGAGGGGCCCGGGUGGGCAGACGAUGCAUGGCUAG